GCCAAAUUCCCUAAAUCUAAGUUACCCGAAAGAUUUCUCUCAGCCUCCAUCUCUCACUCUCGUCUCAUCUCUCCGCCCUCUCCACCUCACGAAGUCUCACUCUCGUCUCGUCUCUCCGCCCUCUCCGCCUCACGAAGUCUCUCUCUCAUCUCGUCUCUCUGCCUCACGAAGUCAACUUUUCGGCCAGCCAUCUGCCUUGGUGGUGCCGAGCGAUUCUGACUCUAACGAUUCGCAGAAAAAGUUGAAAAUUGGUGUCGUUUUGUCGGGAGGCCAGGCACCUGGAGGGCACAAUGUCAUUUAUGGAAUUUUUUGUUAUCAUAAUUCGUUUUCUUGCAGUUAAUAAUGUCCAAUAUGGUUGAGUUCAUUCAUUCUGUGCUUCCUGGUAGAUUACUUGCAGGAGCGUGCUAAAGGCAGCGUAUUGUACGGUUUCAGGGGAGGUCCAGCUGGAAUCAUGAAGGGCAAGUAUGUGGAACUUACACCAGAAUAUAUUUACCCGUACAGAAACCAGGGUGGUUUUGAUAUGAUAUGUAGUGGAAGAGAUAAGAUUGAAACUCCAGAGCAGUUUCAACAAGUUGCAGAUACUGCCGCGAAGCUUGAUUUGGAUGGACUUCUUGUUAUUGGUGGGGAUGACUCGAACACAAAUGCCUGCCUCCUUGCUGAGAAUUUCAGGGGAAAGAAUUUGAAAACUCAGGUGAUUGGGUGUCCAAAAACCAUUGAUGGUGACUUGAAAUGCAAAGAAGUCCCAAUAAGUUUUGGGUUUGAUACUGCUUGCAAGAUAUAUGCAGAAAUGAUUGGAAAUGUCAUGAUAGAUGCCAGAUCAACUGGAAAAUAUUAUCACUUUGUGUGGCUUAUGGGGCUUGCAGCUUCACACAUAACACUUGAAUGUGCUUUGCAAACUCAUCCAAACAUUACAAUUAUUGGAGAAGAGGUUGCUGAAAAGAAGUUGACACUGAAAAAUGUUACAAAUUACAUUGUUGAUAUAAUCUCCAAACGUGCCGAACUUGGUUAUAACUAUGGUGUCAUACUUAUUCCUGAAGGUCUAAUUGAUUUCAUUCCAGAGGUGCAACAACUUAUCGCCGAAUUGAAUGAAAUUCUGGCCCAUGAGGCUGUCGAUGAAGAUGGGCAAUGGAAAAAGAAACUUGUUGAUCAAUCAUUACAGCUUUUUGAAUUUUUACCUUCAGCAAUCCAAGAGCAGUUGAUGCUUGAAAGAGAUCCUCAUGGAAAUGUUCAGGUUGCCAAAAUAGAGACAGAGAAGAUGCUUAUUCAAAUGGUUGAAACUGAAUUGGAGAAAAGGAAUCAAGCAGAACAAAGAUGGUGGUUGGGGUUUGCACAUUGAAGGGUCAAGCACUAUGUUUGGUUCCGUUUUGAGCUAUGUUACUUUGAGGUUGCUUGGUGAAGAACCUAAUGAUGGACAAGGGGCAAUGGAGAGUGGGCGUAAAUGGAUUCUGGACCAUGGUGGUGCUACUGCAAUUACAU